GCGUGCCGUCAGUAAAACAGUUAAUACGCGUCUGCACAUAGAUUUCUUUAUGUGAAUGUGUGUGUGCGUGUCACAAACCGCUAACUUUCUACUUUAUAUCGCAAUUUUCGUGUAAUAAGAUGACGUGCGAGCCACACAAUUAAAAAAUGUUUAUCGUAAAUACCUCAACCACACACAGCACGCGACAAUGGUUGCCUCAGCAGCUGGUGAAAUGUGUACAAGAAGCCCAAUAAGUUGCAAUGUAUGUUUAAUCAACGCAAGCUGCACGCUUACCUGCUACUCUCCAUAGUCGCCACCAACUGCCUGCUCCUCACCUAUGCUUAUCCGCAAAAUGAGGUCUAUCAACGCCAGCGUCUCCAGCAAGUGCAACACGCCCAGCAGCAGCAGCAGCAGCAAUCACCCAUCUAUCGACCGGCGGAAGAGUCCACUGGCCGCAAGUAUGCGGUGAAGCCGAAUGCGUCGAAAAAAGUGGCGCUCGAUGAUGUCGAAGAUGAGGGUGACAGCGUCAACCAGAUAACUGAUACACCCACCGGCUUCUCAUGGUCGAAUAUGCUGUCUACCGUUUUAACGAUGUUCUUCAAUGGGCCAGCGAAUGCGCCCACCAAAUCGGACGAUGUUGAUAACUCCGUAGGUUUCGGUGGUUCGCCAUGGGCCAACGUUAUCUCAAUGGGCUUGAAAAUUAUCAACACUUUGUUGGGCGGUGGUGCACCGAGCGAUGGCAUCGAUAAGGUAGACAAUGGCGGCUCACCAAUGCAGAACAUCUUAGCUGCUGUGCUGUCAUCAGUGCUUGGCACCAAAGAUCCCGAUCAAGUCAAUUCCAUGGCGAAACAAGCUGGAGAGUUCAUACAAAUCGUGAUGAAUCUGUUAGACGCACUGAAGACCUCGUUCUCGCAUCGUUCGCUAACAGCCCGCUCGAUGGGCAAGCGCGACUCGGUUAGCGAUGCCACCGUGGCCGGUCUCUCGCUGCUGAAGGGCUACGUGCGCACCUACCGCAAUGCCGACGACAAGUGCAUGCAACGCUACAUGUGCGAGGCAAAUACGGAGUGCGUGCGCGAAAUUGGCGGCGCUAGCAUUUUCUGCCAACUGGGAUCUUACGCGACCAGCUACUUCCUGGAUCGCAACAGUGGCGGUCAGUUCGAGCAUUUGUACGAUGCCGGGCGCAGAGGACGUUCCGGCUACGACUGCCAACAACUGUUUCUGGAGUGCAAUGAGGUUUAGAACGAGCGCAUUGACUUUGCUGAUUCCUGCGUUAUUUGGACGCAGACACAUCAACUGGACUGGACUCUUGGUUUAGGUGGCAGCGCAACAUGAAGGCGUAGGGGGAAGACACACAUAUACAUACAUACAUAAAGACCAUUAAUGCAAUAAGUUAUUUAAGUUGGCGCACACGAGUAUUUCUAAUUGAUUUCGCGUUUAGUUUAAGUUAAAAAAAUUAUUUAUUUAUUUAUUUACGUGCGAAAAACCAAGUACACAGAU